AUGAAAGAAAAUGAGUUACAAUUCACUUUUUCAGCUCAGCAAUUUGAUAAAUUAUAUGAAGACCCCAUUAUAAGAUCAAAUAGUCUAGUAUUAGAAACUAGAAGUAUAAGUACAAAAAGUAAUAGAAUUGAGUUAGAUAAAGAAAUAUCUCAUGGAGUUUACAAAGAAAAAUAUAUUUACUGCAAUAAAGAAUUUAAACAUGCUAAACCUACUAAAACUAGAGCUUAUAUUGCUCAUGAAUGUUCAAAUUGUCCUGAAAAUAUUAAACAAUAUUACAACUACAUAAUUGCAAAUAAUCUUUUUGAUGAUUCAAAAGUUAAAAAUUAUACAAUUCCAACUCAUUUAGAAACCAAGUUAUUUAAAUCUAUAGAUUAUUAA